AUGGACGUAAUGGACAUGGUGAACAAGUCAGACAACACCUCUGCUGUAAUCGUGAAGACAAAGAUCCUGGGGCUGAAGGAGGAGUUAGACAAGUGCAAGGAGAUGUGCCAGUCAUCUAAGGAAGAACUCAAUAAGGAGAGGUCCAAGAAGUCCCAGACUGAAAUAGAGGUGCUAGCCUUGAGAGAAAAGGUCAAAAGUAUGGAAGACCAGUGCACUGAGAUAAAUAACAAGGUUCAGGAGGCCACAGAUAAACUGAUGGGUGUCACUAAAAGUCGCAGGGCUCUAGACCAUCGAAAAAAUAUGGAUCUGGAUAGAAUGGCCACCCUUGAAGAGAUGUACAAAGAAACUAAAAUGUUGCUUGUUGAAUCUGAGAGGAAAUAUGAAGAGGUCUCCAAAAAGUUACUGAUAGUCAAGGCUGAUAGUGACAGAGCUGAAGCACGCAUACAGAGGGCUGAAAUAACUACCAAAAACAUAAAAGAUGAAACGAAAGGACUGACAGCUAAACUGAAAAGCUACCAACUGCAACUUGAAGAGGCCAGUAUGCAUAAUGAAAAGGUCGCAGAUCAAAUUCACAAGCUACAAACUGACAUCAAAUAUCUCCACAAGACAAACAUACCACUCAUGUUUGAUUUUAUAUGA